AUGCUUGAUACAAUCCGAGAUGCGCCUGUGGGCCAAUUUCUGCGAUGGCUGACUCGCAACCGGAUACUUCUUUAUCCCGACGAGCAGCAGGGCUUCGUGCUCCCCAAGCUUGCAUCUGGUACUCCCCUCCAGAAGGAGGUCGCAGCUCCCGACGAGUCUGAGCAUGAAACAGAUGAACAGGAGAAGAAGACUUCCCAGGCACCUGAGGCCGAGAAAGCAGAGGAAGCAAAGUUCGUGCCUGGGCUGGCAGAUUCCGAGAGUGCUGCACCCGCCGGCGAACCGUCAACGCGCCCAACGGAAAGAACAGAGAGAGAAAAUGCUUUAGAACCAAGUCUCUCAAGACAACAGAGUCACCCCUUUACAGAAGAGCGUUUCUCACUGGAUCAGCAGCUGGAGAUUGAAAAGACCCGGAGCAAGCCUAUAUCAUUGCACAAAUCCGCCGACGGCACCAUCCUCAUCGACUGGUACACAACCGACGACCCUGAGAAUCCCCAGAACUGGUCACAGUCGAAGAAGCUCUUUGUGUUGGGACAGAUAUGCUUGUACACAUUCGCCAUGUACGGAGGCUCCAGUAUCUACGUCGUGAGUGAAAGAGGUGUCAUGCAGAGAUUCGGCGUGGGCGAGGCAGCUGCGGCAAUGGGCCUUUCCAUGUAUGUUAUCGGGUACGGGAUUGGCCCCCUUCUAUUUGCGCCCCUGUGUGAGAUUCCCGCCAUCGGCCGCAACGGAGUCUAUACGCCUGCCUUUAUCCUCUUCGUCAUCAUCUGUGUGCCAACGGCUGUGGUUGACAACUACGCCGGUCUGCUGGUACUUCGAUUCAUCCAAGGCUUUCUGUCCAGCCCUUGCCUUGCAAAUGGAGCUGCCUCCGUUGGCGACAUGUUCUCCCUCUUGAUGCUCCCCGUGUAUCUCUCCUCUUGGACGGCCGCCUGCUUUUGGGGCCCUGCUCUUGGACCAGUCGUCGCGUCGUUCGCCGUCACCGCCGAAGGAUGGAGAUGGUCGCUGUGGGAGCUGCUCUGGCUCAGCGCCCCUAUCCUGGUCCUCUACCUGAUUGCCUUUCCCGAGACCUCGAGCGCCACGAUCCUUCAACGACGAGCCGCGCGACUGCGGAAACUCACGGGCAGGACCGACCUGCGGUCCUGGAGUGAGAUCGAGCAGGACCACAUGAAGUACUCUGAAGUCUUUUUCGAUGCCAUCAUCAAGCCGCUCGAGAUCAUGAUCAAGGACCCUGCCGUUGGGUUCACGAAUAUCUACAGCGCCCUACUCUACGGUGUCUACUAUUCCUUCUUCGAGGCCUUCCAGCUGGUCUACAUGGGCAUCUACGGCUUCAACCUCGGCGAGCUGGGCUUGACCUUUAUCAGUAUCGGCGUGGCGACCAUGGCCGCGGUCGUCGUCUAUAAUACGUAUCUCCUCGUCUACCUUGUGCCUGACAUCGUCAAGAACGGCCUGCGAGCACCGGAACAUCGGUUGGUCCCUGCACUGUUCGGCGUCUGCACGUUACCUGCAGGACUGUUCCUGUUCGGCUGGACGUCCCGCCACGGCGUGCACUGGAUGGUCAGCAUGAUGGGCGUGGUGAUCGUGGUGAGCUCGAACUUCGUCAUCUUCCAGUGCGUCUUCGUCUACCUCCCGCUGUCGUACCCGCGCUACACGGCCUCGCUGCUCGCCUCCAACGACCUCUUCCGCGCCCUCUUCGCCGCCGGCUGCGUUGUCUUCUCCCGCCCCAUGUUCGCCAACCUGGGAAUCGGCCCCGCCAGCAGUCUGCUCGCCGGUCUGUCCUGCGUCGGCCUCGUCGGCAUGUUCCUCCUCUGGCACUGCGGGGCGAAGUUGAGGGCCCGGAGCAAGUUCGCGGCGAGUUAG